AUGAAGGUCCUCGCCACCGCCGCCUUGGUCCUGCUCGCCCCCCUUUGCUUCGCCGAUUACAACUAUGAUCCUCCGCCUGCUGGCCUGGCUCUCUCCUUAGCCCCCGCUAAAGCUCCUGCUCCUGUUCCUGCUCCUGCUGCAUCUCCAUCACAAGGCUACCGCUAUGACUCUCCAGUAGGCGGUCAGUUCGCUCUUUCGGCCGGCGGGCAGUUCCCGCGCGCCAACCAACCUGCACUGCCUGCUGCCCAGCCUGCCCCCGCGCCCGUUGGAGGCCAGGCUGCGCUCUCUGCUCCUGCACAGGCCCCGCGACCUGUCGUUAGUAACCGGCCAGUUUCCCCUGUUCCUGCUAGAAGCCAGCCUUCCUUCCCUGCUCCUGUUAGAAGCCAGCCUUCCUUCCCUGCUCCUGCUAGAAGCCAGCCUUCCUUCCCUGCUCCUGUUAGAAGCCAGCCUUCCUUCCCUGCUCCUGUUAGAAGCCAGCCUUCCUUCCCUGCUCCUGCUAGAAGCCAGCCUUCCUUCCCUGCUCCUGCUAGAAGCCAGCCUUCCUUCCCUGCUCCUGCUGGAAGACAGCCUUCCUUCCCUGCUCCUGCACAGGCUCCUCUACCUUCCUUUUCUUUUGUCAGAAGCCAGCCUACUUUCCCAGCUCCUGCACAGGCUCCUCGACCUUCCUUUUCUUCUGUCAGAAGCCAGCCUACUUUCCCAGCUCCUGCUCAGGGUCCUCGACUUUCCGUGGCCCCUUCGCCUGCUGUCCCUGCUCCUCAACCCACCCCCGCACCUGCUAGAAGUCAACCUGCCUUCUCUGCUCCGGCACCGGUUCCUCAGCCUACUCCUGCUCCUGCUAGAUCACAGCCUGUUUUCCCUGCUCCUACUAGAAGCCAGCCUGCUUUCCCUGCUCCCGCUCCAGCUCCUCAGCUCUCCUUCGGUUUCGUCAGGAGCCAGCCUAGCACUCAGGCUUCCCAGUUCUCCCCUGUCCCCAACAGAAACCCAGCUGGCCUUCCCGCUCAGCCCCCCCAGCCCUCUCCUCUGCCUGCCAGUCCCCAGCCAGCUCUCCCUGCGCCAGGUCCUUCUCUGCCACUCCAGCUCUCCCCCGUGGCGAACAGGGGCCCCGUCUUCCGUCUCCAGCCUUCCCCUGCACCUGCCCCUGCUCCUGCUAGAAGUCAGCCUAUCUUCUCUGCUCCUGCCCCUGCUCCUGCUAGAAGCCAGCCUACAUUCUCUGCUCCUGCUCCUGCCCCUGCCCCUGCCCCUGCCCCAGCUAGAAUCCAGCCUGUUUUCCCUGCUCCUGCUAGAAGUCAGCCUACCUUCUCUGCUCCUGCUCCUGCCCCUGCUCCUGCCCCUGCCCCUGUCCCUGCCCCUGCUCCUGCUAGAAGCCAGCCUACCUUCUCUGCUCCUGCUCCUGCCCCUGCCCCUGCCCCUGCCCCUGCUCCUGCUAGAAGCCAGCCUACCUUCUCUGCUCCUGCCCCUGCCCCUGCCCCAGCUAGAAUCCAGCCUGCUUUCCCUGCUCCUGCUAGAAGUCAGCCUACCUUCUCUGCCCCUGCUCCUGCUAGAAGUCAGCCUACCUUCUCUGCCCCUGCUCCUGCCCCUGCCCCUGCUCCUGCUAGAAGUCAGCCUACCUUCUCUGCUCCUGCCCCAGCCCCUGCCCCUGCUCCUGCCAGUCCCCAGCCUGCUCUCCCUGCGCCAGGUCCUUCUCUGCCACUCCAGCUCUCCCCCGUGGCGAACAGGGGCCGCGUCUUCCGUCUCCAGCUUUCCCCUGCUCCUGCCCCGGCCCCUGCUCCUGCUAGAAGCCAGCCUGCCUUCUCUGCUCCUGCCCCUGCCCCUCUUCCUGCUAGAAGCCAGCCUGCUUUCCCUGCUCCUGCUAGAAGUCAGCCUACCUUCUCUGCUCCUGCCCCUGCUCCUGCCCCUGCUCCUGCCCCUGCCCCUCUUCCUGCUAGAAUCCAGCCUGCUUUCCCUGCUCCUGCUACCUUCUCUGCCCCUGCCGCUGCCCCUGCUAGAAUCCAGCCUGCUUUCCCUGCUCCUGCUAGAAGCCAGCCUACCUUCUCUGCCCCUGCCCCUGCCCCUGCUCCUGCUAGAAUCCAGCCUGCUUUCCCUGCACCUGCUAGAAGCCAGCCUACCUUCUCUGCCCCUGUCCCUGCCCCUGCCCCUGCUCCUGCUAGAAUCCAGCCUGCUUUCCCUGCUCCUGCUAGAAGCCAGCCUACCUUCUCUGCCCCUGUCCCUGCCCCUGCCCCUACUCCUGCUAGAAUCCAGCCUGCUUUCCCUGCUCCUGCUAGAAGCCAACCUACCUUCUCUGCUCCUGCCGCUGCCCCUGCCCCUGCUAGAAGCCAGCCUGCUUUCCCGUUGCUCGCCACAAGCCAGCCUGCCCUCGGCCAGCGCCCCCAGCCGCCGGCCUUCCCCUCCAACCGGGGGCAGGCCGCCUUCUUCAUCCCCUCAUCUUCGCAGUCUUUUUCGGGCCUGUUUGACGACUCGAGGGAAGAUGACGACGAUGACAGUCAGGAGAGCCACGAGAAUGACAAAUAG